CUCUGUCGGUACGCAUGUUGCAAACAAUAUUUGUAGAAUAAUUUAGGCAUUCAGGUUCAAUUAAAUACCAGUUGUGUAGACAAGGCAUUAAACAUAGCUAUUUCAAUGCCUCGUGUUGUAUAGUAGUUGUGUACUCCGUUCUGAUCUUCGACCAUAGAUUUAUAGUCGAAGCUCGAAGGUUUUGAUCGACAAAUUUUCAUCUCCAUAAUUAUUCACUGCGGUGUAUGUUUACUGUUUGUAUUUUGUUUUCGCGGGAACAGUGGAAGAUGGGUUGUUGUUGUUCUUUUGCAUCAGUGUGUUUAAAAUACUAGUAUAGCAAGUAACGUUUUUGUAAAUGACAUUUUUGUUGUAGUUAUGGCUUCAAAUAAGGAAAUUGGCGCAAAAAGUGAGAAGCGUGUGACUUUCAAAGAUGACAUAAAACUUAAUACACAACAAGUGUCAGUUCCGUCUCGGAUACCCGUUAGAUCAAACUCCGUAUCACGGCAUAGCUGUAGUUCAAGAACUGGAGCAAUUAAAAAAUCGCCCAAGAAAUCUCAGGCGAAAAAAUCGUUAGUUAGAAAUGUCGAGCAACCAGUAUCAGUCAGCCGACAUAAGGGACUAUCCCAACGUGUCGAUGUCCAUAGUUUGUAUUCAACAACAAGCAGUAAAACUAGUGACCUAGGCGAACCUCCGCAUAAAUAUGCUGUCCCAGAAUUGUACACAACCUUAUGCUUGGCAAAUGAAAUCCGUAAAACAGCUCAAACAGUACCAAAGGCGACGAUCAAAAGCACCAAGGAUUUACCACCUGUAAAAUGUCAAGUAGCGGAAGAAACGAUUGCCAAGAAAUUGAAUUUUCCUAUCGAGGAACAUCUGUACCGGGACUUGAUAGCCCUUAACGUGCGUGAAGAAGACAUUGUUCCUGCCAUUGGAGACCGUCCUUCAUCUCGGGUUGGGGAAGCUCCCGAAAAGAUGCUGUUUUGUCCUUGCAGCUUGCAGUUGAUUUCUGCUAGACAUACUGCUAAUUGUAAAAAGAUGAUUUCACUGUUUGGUGCUAUUGUGUUUAUUGAAAGUGACGUGUAUGCAUAUCAUAUGUGACAGAGACUAUGCAUAUAAUUAAUUUUUCUUUUGAAAUGACUAAAUCCACUAUUGAGUCUUGAAAUAUGUGAUGAAACCAUGUAGUUUUAAGUUAAGCAUUUUCUUGUCAUUGACUAGAUAUUCAUUGAAGAAUUCCUUAAAAGUAAUGCUUCUUUUGCUGUCUCACAAGGCAUCUUCAUAGAUUGAAAAUGUAAUUUUAAUGUGUCUAGGUAUGCUAUGUCAGAAAAAAUGUAGUAUACAAUUAAUUCUAAUGUAAUGAACCUGGUUUAUGGCUGUGUAAUAUAAAGGGAAAUAAGUUUUUCCUAGCUGGCAGAUGUAAUGCUACUGGGAAAAUUGUACAGAGUAAGUAGAGAGACCCACUUACCUGAAAGUGAAGUAACCUUUCUGUAGUGGAAGUUUUAAUUCUUAAUACAAACUGAAAUUAUAGCUUAAACAAUUGCAAGGCCGAGCUAGCCAGAGUGCAUAAAAAUGUUAUCGAAUGCUAGUAAUGAAACCUCAUUGACUUCUGUCAGCCAAGCCUCAGAACUUGAGACAAGGAGUGGAAAUGGUACACUAAUCUGCAGCAUUGGUAUUUUCUAUUACUGUGCUUUCAUUCAUUAAGGUUCUCUUUGAUACCACAUUUCUUCUGAUGGUUAAACCUGUAUCUCAGUGUAUCCUAGAGUGACAUUAGAUUAUUUACCCAUACUUUAUACUAAACAUGAUAGCCAAAUGGAAACUUUAUGCUCCUUCUUUCUGUGAAGUUCCAUCCUAGAUAACUGACCACUGCACUCCUCUAGCCUAAUUGUGUAGCAUGCAUACAUUUAACUAUAUACAGUACAGGUGGUGAUGACUGCACCAUGUAUCUAAUGCGGGGAUUAUACUUGAGUAACCGUGUGGUUCUGAAAGGAAAGAAAACUGUAAAACAUUGUGACAACAUGGCCCUAGUUGCAGACAUAUGAAAUAUCUAAGGAAAUAAUACAACCAUUUCCUCUCAAGUGAUUCAGUUGGAAUAAAAUCUUUAUUCUGUAGUACUGGUUCAUUUUGAUUGUCAGUGAUUGAUGACUGCAUGUAUAUCAUAGCAUUAACAAUCUAGAUACAACAGAAAUCAAAAGAAUAAAAAUGUGUUAAAGGGCUACAUAUUUUUAUUUUUGAAUUUAAUGAAACCAUGAUGGAAGCUUAUUGCUAGGCUGUAGAACAUGUCAAAUACUUAAAAUAAUACUCAUUUAUAAAUGGUUAGAAAGCAUAAUCUAAUGCAUAUGUAAACAGUUCUAUGAAAAUAGAGAUUCAAAUACUUUGAUAAUUGCAGUAAUAACAAGCAUGCUGCAUAGUUACAAGGCUUACCAUCUGACUUGUAUGUAAACAGCUUUGUUAAAAAGUAAGAUGUUAGUGCUAGGUAAUAAGUUCAUACAAUAAUUUCAUUUGCUUGUGAUUGUUUUCUCCAGAAUAUGCUGCCAUAUGUUGUAAGUGAAUAGAAUUAUCCUUUGUACACCGCUUUGAUUAUUCACCUGUCACAAAUAGAUGUAAUCAAACAAAUGGAAAAUGCUGCUAAUCUCAAGUCUUUAACAUAGGUCAAGGAUGUGAACUGACCAGUUUAGGUUGCUAUGAAUAAGUAUUCUCUAAAAUUCGAAGACUCUGCUCUCUCUGUCUUUAUCCUUAUAUUUCAUUUUAACAUCUUCCUGUUGUUUCUUUGUGCCAUGUGGAACUGAAUGAACUGAGUCUUGUUGACAGUGAGUGACAGACCAUUUUAAGUGAACCAAUCUAGAGCCUCAAUGAAUGUGUUGGUAGAGGUGUUUGUAACGUGCCGGGCUGUAUCCUUGUAUUAGUGCCACUUAAAGUUCACAUCACAACCGGAUGUAUUGAAACAUUUUCUCACCCAGUAGACAGUGCGCAGUGUUCCUGACCUACCUUGCUUUGCUUGUUCAAUAUUGUCUUCCCGGUAGCUGCGUCCAUCUCACCUAAAUCACACUGAAAUUAAGAAGCCAGGAUCCUAGAUUAAGUUUUCCAAAAUAAACGGUCAAGACCGUAUUCAUUGUUGAACAUUUAUGACAACCACAGUGCGAUUUAUUUGUUAUCACUAACACACACAAUAUUCAUGUGACCAGGCUUCUUAUACUUAAUCGUCACAUUAGGUAGGUCAAAAACUUCCAGUCUUUAACAAUGUCUACAAUUACACUUUUUUGGUACUGACCGGAAAAAUUAACCGACUUGCCGCACUUUAGCUCCAUGGGAAUCUGACCAAGAACUAACUUGGUCCUUAUGUAGACGAGUUCUUGAAUAUUUGACUAUUUCUGUUAAUAUAUUAUAGUUUAUAAUUUCCCAGGGUUAAAACGAUCCUUUCUAAUUGGUUUUGAAGUUAACUAUUGGGUUUUAUUACUUAAAUAACAUAAGUGAGCUGUAUCAAUUUAAAUACUCGGAACGAACUUUUGCAUCCGCAGUGGGAAUUCCCGGCUUAUAACCAUGGCAGCCCUCUUGAACAAUAAUUUUUACUUAUUCAAAUUUACUUAAUUCUUAAUGCACUUACAAAGUUGAGACUGGAGUCAUUUUACGUAGAAAAAUAAAGGUAGCAAAAGUAUCGAAACAGAUCUCGAAAUUAUUUAGUAGUUUUGUCACUAUUUAUUUAUUUA